AUGGAGAUCACGCCUGCUGGCUGCGAUGGCGACCAUGGGAUUCCUGAACACCUGUUCAUUUGCCCUGAACUUUACAUGGCAGCAUUUCAUGGGCACACCGACGAGGUGAUCAGUCUCUUGGAAGGAAGCAGUGGCGGCGCUGCCGUUGAUGCAGCGAGCAGCCGGCCAUCCCCGGCAGCGCAAACAACUGCUAAUCACCAUGCAGCGUGCAACAUUCACGAGGUGACCGCGGAUCGCAGCACACUUCUCCACAUUGCCGCCAGGCGAGGGCACCACGAGCUGAUCUCCCACCUGUGCCGCCGGGACAGCAGCCUCAGCUCUUCGGUUACCUCGUCUGGGGACACGCCGCUGCACUGCGCGGCGAGGAUGGGGCUCGCCGGCGCGGUAGGGGCCAUCGCCAGGCUGGCCCGCGACAACGUGGAGGAGCACAGACUGAGGGAGUUGCUGCGCAGCAGGAACGUCGACGGGGACACCGCGCUACAUCUCGCCGCGAGGCAUGGCCGUGGAAAGGCCGUGGAGCAGCUGAUGAAGGUGGCGCCGGAGACCGCGUCGGAGGUGAACGGCGCCGGCGUGUCGCCGCUCUACCUGGCGGUGAUGAGCAGGUCGGUGCGUGCGGUGAGCGCGAUUCUUUCUUGUAAGGAUGCGUCCGCCGCUGGCCCUAAUUCUCAGAAUGCGCUGCACGCUGCAGUUCUCCAGAGUUCAGAAAUGGUUAAAUUGCUACUAGAGUGGAAAGCAACACUUGCCAUCGAUAUUGAUAGCAACAAGAGCAACCCACUACAUUUUGCUUCAUCAGAUGGGGAUUUAUCCAUCAUCGAAGCAAUCUUAACUUGUUCGCCACCCUAUGCUCCACACAUGCAAGACAACCAGGGCCUAUCACCUUUGCACGUUGCAGCACUAAUGGGCCAUACGGCAGCAGUCCGCCUGCUGCUGCAAUUCUCUCCUGCCUCCGCAGACAUUCUCAAUAACCAAGGCCAAAGCUUUAUACAUGCAGCAUCUAUGAACGGCCAUUCUUCCAUCAUCUCACAUGUCGUGAAGAACGACAUGCUUGAGCAUCUUCUGAAUGCCCAAGACAAGGAGGGUAACACGCCGCUACAUUUAGCUGUGAUUGCAGGGGGGUACAAGGUUGUUUCUAUGCUAUUAUCAAGUGGAAAGGUGCAUACUAACAUCAUGAACAAUGCAGGCCAUACCCCUGCUGACCUUGUCAGAAAUUGCAAAGCUUUCUACUCAAUGGUAAGCUUAGUGGUGAAGUUAUGUGUCUCAGGAGCACUCUUCCAACCACAACGGCAAGACCUGAUAGAGAAAUGGAAUGCUCAGGACAUGAUGAAAUGGCGAGACACUACAUCUAAGAAUCUUGCCAUUGUCUCCACACUUGGCAAGGGGUUUCCUUCCCGGAGUUCGCUUGGAACGUGA